CGUCAGGCUUGCCCCAGGUCCAGGGAAUAGUACUGAGUGCGAGAGCAUACGAGGAGCAUUAUAGGUAUGAAAUGUCCUCUCACUUGUAUAGCUAUAAUACUUUGACGAUUCUCUUUCACUUGUCUUGUGGUGCGAUGUUGGCAUCAUAAUCUCCCUUCCAACAGUCCAAGAUGGCUGCCAAAUCCCGCUUGACCAACCUGCUCAACCAUUUCCUCCCCUCCUCCGCCAGCCCGACCGUACCCUCACAGGGAGAGGGCAAACCUAUCGACGACCUAGUCAUCGACAACCACCGCGUGGGAAGGACCUCAUGGUACAACCACCACACCCUAUCCCCAACAUCCUUCCUGCCCCGCGCCGCGGCCAUCGAACCUGAUGCGCUCGCCAUCUACCACCGCACAGCGAACAAUAAGGUCUUACGACGGACGUAUAUCGAGUUCGCUGACCGGGCCCGAGGGUUCGCAUAUUUUCUGAGAAAGAAGGGGUACAAAAGAGUCGGGAUCUUGUGCGCGAAUACACCAGCGUUUCUCGAGGCUAUCUACGGCAUAGGCGCGGCAGGUUCAAUCAACAUCGCCAUCAAUUACCGCCUGAAGAAAGAUGAUAUUGCAUACAUAUUCGACCAUGCCGAGGCGGACUCAAUCAUUGUCGACGCCGAAUAUCUUGACCUACUUAACGACUACAGACAAAAGCAUCCCAAUGUUCCCAUAAUCAUCGACACAGACACAGACGCGAUUGAAGGUGAACUGAGUGGGCCUUUUGAUCAAGCUAUACUGGAAGGUCUACAAUACGACAGAUCGUCGGGCUCGCAGGGCUGGGACGGUCUGGAAGUACAAGCUCCUGAUGAACUAGCCGUCAAUGCCCUAGCUUAUACCUCCGGUACGACUGCCAGACCUAAGGGCGUCGAGUACACCUACCGUGGUUGCUAUCUGGGAGCAUUGGGAAAUGUGAUCGAGUCAGGCCUGGCUUAUCAUGAUGGCGAGCGCUGCAAGUACCUAUGGACGCUACCGAUGUUCCAUGCCAUGGGAUGGACGUUUCCUUGGGCGGUGACGGCGGCUAGAGGCACCCAUUACUGCUUGCGCAAGAUCGAUUACCCUGAGAUAUGGCGGCUGCUGAAAGACGAGAGAAUCACACAUUACUGCGCUGCACCUACGGUGAAUACACUUCUUUGUGCAGACAGCAAUGCAACUAAGCUGCCGAAACCUAUCCGAGUGACGGUCGCAGCUAGUCCACCAACGGCACAUUUAUUCGAACAGAUGACGAACCUAAACUUACAUCCAGUCCAUGUCUAUGGAAUGACGGAGACGUAUGGCCCGAUCACGAAGGGUUAUAUGAUGCCGGAGUGGCAUGAAUACCCGAACAUCAAGGACAAAUACGCCAAGAUGGCUCGACAGGGACACGGCUUUGUGACUUCUUUGCCUGCGAGAGUCAUCAAGACCGAAGUACCCGAGGGAACUAUCGUCGAUGUGGAAAAGGAUGGCAAAGAGAUUGGUGAGAUCGUUUUCAUUGGUAAUAUAUGUGCGCGAGGAUAUUAUAAAGACGAAACUGCCACAAGGAAAUUAUUUUUGGGUGGUGUCCUGCAUUCUGGUGAUCUGGCUGUAUGGCAUGAAGACGGAGCCAUCCAGAUUCUCGACAGAGCGAAGGACAUCAUCAUCUCUGGUGGUGAGAAUAUCUCAUCGGUAGCGCUCGAGUCUUUAUUGGUUACCCAUCCCGAUAUGCUCGAGUGCGGCGUUGCUGCGGUUAGCGACAGUCACUGGGGUGAACGACCAAAAGCUUUUAUCACUAUGAAGCCCGGAUCCCAAACCACUGGCGAAGACGUGAUCCAGUGGGCGAAGGAUCAUCCGGGGAUCAGCAGGUUCAUGGUACCCCGAGAGGUCGAGAUCGUUCCUGAGUUGCCAAAGACGAGUACAGGCAAGAUAAGGAAGAAUAUCUUGCGCGAAUGGGCCAAGGGUGCAAAGAGGGAAGCCGAAUGAAUAUAUUUAGUCCAUACCCAGACACAGACAUUUCGUGCUAUAUGUAUAGCGAUCUCUGACGUAUGUUCACUGGUAUACAUCGUU